AUGCACCCUCAUUGGAAGCUAGCUGUUCCCAUCAACACUGAAUUUGGAUCCACUCCGAACGAGUCAGAAGCAAUUAACGAUGGUGGUAAUCGAAUUGACGCUGAGCUUAAAGAGCUAGGAGCGAAGCAGCUAAGUCGUAAGGUUGUUGAGCAGAGGACCGCCGCUGUUGAGAGCUGGGCUACGAGGCUCCGAAGGAACCGGACAACAAUAGAGCUUCCCCCACCGCCGCCUCUUCCUAGUGCCAGCGCUCCGAAGUCUACUCAGGCCUAUCGUGCUGCGGCCAAGAAGGUAGACACUACUCUCAACGAUGAGGACUAUGAGGAUGAGGAUCAGGAUACCGAUGAGAUCAAGAAACAGACAAUGACUAAAGGUUGUCGCUGUACAAACCAGAGCUCAGAUUUCCUUGCGCUUGUCCUGGACGGUUACGAGAAGUACACCAAACUCAAUGAUCGCGAACGUGUUAAGGUCAUCAACGCAUGGUAUCGAGAGGUCUGCGUCAACCGAGCGGGACGUUCCAGCCAACUUAACACGAAUCGUGUCUGCUGGCUCCAUACACGAGCAACGGCUACCUGUAUGGGGCUCUUCAAGCGAGCCAUGAACGCUGCUUUUAUUAACAAGAUCCUUACUCUCCUGUACCUCUCUUAG